GCCGUCUUCCUCACUAUAAAUAUCAAUGUGUGUACACUAUUAACUAACUCUUCACGUAAUUGUAUCACACAUUCCUUCCCCUUUGUUUUGAUUUUUUUCUUCUUCUUCUGUACUUUUUGCUAAAUACAGUUUGGUACUUUCGAGAUGUUUGAUCUCAAUCUCGGUUUCGAAGAAUUUGCCAUGGACGAUGAUACUGUUCACGUUUCAUACGAAACGACGACGUCGGAGAAGCUACGGGAACUACAAAUGGAGAAUUCUGGAACAUCGAAUUCAUCCAUUGUGAAUGUUGAAACUUCCAGUACUGCCGGCGAUGAUGAGUUUUUUUCAUGUUCCGAUGAUCGUCGCCGUAAUGAUGGUUACGCAUUUGAUAUUCUGAAAGGGAAUGAAUACGAGGAGAGUGAGUUUGUGACUAAGGAGUUGUUUCCGUUGACCGGCGGAGAGUCGGCGGCGGCGGAGUUGUUGUCGCCGCAGCAGUGGUUGGAUCUCUCGGCUAAUUACGGUGGAACGGCGGAGCAGAGGAUCAUUGUUGUUCCGCAGCAGAGACAACAAGUGAAGAAGAGUAGAAGAGGGCCGAGGUCGAAAAGUUCUCAAUACCGUGGUGUCACAUUCUAUCGCCGCACUGGUCGAUGGGAAUCUCACAUCUGGGAUUGCGGGAAACAGGUUUACUUGGGCGGCUUUGACACUGCACAUGCUGCUGCUAGGGCAUAUGAUCGUGCUGCAAUUAAAUUUAGAGGACUUGAUGCAGAUAUCAAUUUCAAUGUCGCUGAUUAUCACGAUGAUCUAAAGCAGAUGUCGAAUUUUACGAAGGAAGAGUUUGUGCACAUACUUAGACGUCAGAGCACUGGUUUCUCUAGAGGAAGUUCGAAAUACAGGGGAGUUACACUGCACAAAUGUGGACGAUGGGAAGCUAGGAUGGGGCAGUUUCUUGGAAAGAAGUAUAUCUAUCUUGGACUGUUUGACAGUGAGAUAGAAGCUGCAAGGGCAUACGACAAGGCUGCUAUAAAAUGCAGCGGAAAAGAGGCAGUCACCAAUUUUGAGCUAAGCACGUAUGAAGGGGAAUUAAGUACCGAGGAUAAUGGAGGUGCAAGCCAUAAUCUAGAUCUGAACUUGGGAAUAGCCUCCUCUUCACUAGCUGAUGAACAGCAUGGCAACAGCUACCAAAUGCACUCUCCUACCACAAUAGGAAGUAAACUGCCUCAUUGCCGUCAACCGCUGACUGAUCGCCCUCUGCUCUGGAAUGGAGUGAACACCAGUGUCUUUCCCACAUUUAAGGGAACAGCAAUAGGGAAGGGUAUGGAAGUUGAUUCUUCACCAAAUUGGACGCGGCAAGACCAACAUCCUUAUGGUGGGAGUCCUUCAGUGCCACUCUUCUCUACUGCAGCAUCAUCAGGAUUCGCUAAUUCAACCUCAGCCGCUGCUCAUCAACACCACUUCUCUACUGUACCAUUACCUUAUCAUCAUUCACCAUCACUUGCCAAUAUGAACUUUGCACAUUAUUACUGCAGGAGCUGAGGUAGUUUGCUUUUUGAUCAACAAAAACAACCACACGAUAUCUUUUCUUCCUCUGCUAUGGGAAAGAUGCUGGAAGGACAAAAAAAUGUGAUGUAAAACUGAAUGAAAGCUAGUUUUCUUAGGAAUGAGGCAGUGUGAAACUUGUUAAAUUUGCUGUACAAAGUCUCAAAAAGCUAAGCAUCUUUUAGCAGGACAGCAUUUUUACAUUGCUUUGACAAUUCUUGACUAUUAUUGAAAAUAUUCCAUUUGAGCUUCAUGUUCUUUCAUAUUCUGCUAGCUAAUCUUCUAAUGGAGGUAUUGAUUCGGUUCAUA